CAAAAAUCCCCCUCACAGACACAGACCAGAGCGAACACACAACACAGGGACGCAAAGUACAGGCUUCAAAUCAUCAACAACUGAAGAUGAUUAAACUCUUUUCCCUGAAGCAGCAGAAGAAAGACGAGGAAUCUGCGGGAGGAAACAGAACAGGAGCCGGGGGGAAAAAAGCCAGCGCGGCCCAGCUCCGAAUACAGAAAGACAUCAAUGAGUUGAACCUGCCAAAGACGUGUGAGAUCAACUUUCCUGAUGACGAUGACCUCCUCAACUUCAGACUCAUUAUCUCACCUGACGAGGGCUUUUACAAAGGUGGAAAAUUUGUCUUCAGCUUUAAGGUAGGACAGGGUUACCCCCACGACCCCCCCAAGGUAAAGUGUGAGACGAUGGUGUAUCACCCCAACAUCGACCUGGAAGGAAACGUCUGCCUAAAUAUCUUAAGAGAGGACUGGAAGCCUGUUUUGACAAUAAACUCCAUCAUCUACGGUCUACAGUAUCUAUUUCUAGAGCCUAACCCCGAAGACCCGUUGAACAAGGAGGCAGCAGAAGUCCUUCAGACAAACCGGCGACUCUUUGAGCAGAACGUCCAUCGCUCUCUGAGGGGCGGCUACGUGGGCGCCACCUACUUCGAGAGGUGUCUUAAAUAACUCGGCGUCCUGUGAUCCUCCAGACUCACCCCUCCCUCUCACCCUAAACUACCCCCCCUCCUCCUCCUCCUCCUCCUCCUCCUCCUCCUCCUCUCCCUCUGCCCCGCCCUUCCUCUUCCUCCAUCCCCUUUUCCUCCUCAGCCCUGCUCGUUGGCAGAAGCAGGAGCUGCGGCGACAGAAAGCAGCACGCCAGAAGACGCUUUUCUGUUUUAAAUCAAAAGAAGACAACAAAGAAACCCCGCCCUCCCUUCUUCCUUCAUUCUCCCUCUCCUCUUAUUUUCUCUUUGUUGUAUUUCUAAGACGCAGCAUUCAACCGUUUACACGCCACAGGGGGACGCCGUCAUACAACACACACAGAAACUGGACUUGAAAAGAUGGCCGACAGCGAGAAUCGGCCGAUGGUAAUAUGAUGGAGGGGGGAGGGAGGAGGAGGAAGGUGCGGGUGGUCAGUGAAUGUUGCUUGGGUGCGUUAUUGAUUCACAGAACGCCCCGACACUGAUGAUGAUGAUGAGGAUGACGAUAGCCACAAGAUUUUCUUUUAUUUUUUAUUUUGUGUGUGUGGCGCCAACACCUGUGUCGUCAGAUCACAGGUGACCAGAAGGACACGCCCCCCUCUCCCUCGCAGCACGGCAGCAAACUCCAAACACUCAAACACAAAGACUGCCCAGGAUUCGGGCUAUAGCCACAAAUGAUCGCUGAUUUGCUAGGGGCCUGUGUGUAAAGUGGGAGUGGCUUGCUUCAGUGGGAGGGUCUUGUGAGCCAGAAUGGGAGGGGCAAUAUUCACAAACUAGAGGGAUGGAUUUGUCAUGGAGGCUGGGGCCUUGAGCCUUAAUGGGAGCAGAUCGGCCUUCAAAAGUCCCUCAAGACAUCCGACUCAGCGUUAGUUUCACAUGUGUAGGUGGAAUGACGUCAGAGCUUGGGGGAGUGGCCUGUUAGAGUCCGAGGGGCUCGUUAGUCUCAAUUAGAUCAUGCAUGCCUUAAAAUGUAACUAUGAGCAAAACAGCAACUUGGUUUUUCUGCCUAUGGUGACACAAAAGUUGAAGUUUGCCGUCACCACUUGAGGGACGGGUUAAAAGUGGGAGUGGCUAUGCGCACAGGAGGGCGGGGCUUGUGAGCUACAGUGAGAGCAAGUUCGCCUUAACAAGUUCUUUAACGCAAGACGGAGAAGGAGAUUUCAGACGGCCUUUUUUUUUUUUUUUUUGG